AUGAAUCCAGUGUUCGAAAGAGAUACAUCAACUAAUAAUCACUCCUUCCAAUCAUUCAAAUCGCCGUCCAAGCUAAAAAUUAACGAUACAAAUACAUUAACUACAUUAGCUAUCCUAUUACUAUCGUUUAUCCUCUUAACUAAUUUACAAUUCAUAAAGUACAAGAUGUCAGAUCUCACAAAUAAAUUCAAGAAUAAUAAUAUGUUCCGCCGUUGGAUACCAAGAGCUGGUAAUAUCGAUGAUAAGAUUUUGAAGAAGGGUGGCUUUGUUGGUGGGUUAGUCAAUGAUGGGAAUACUUGUUUCAUGAACUCUGUGUUGCAAUCUUUGGCCUCUUCCAAGGAAUUAAAUGCCUUCUUAGAUGAUUCUAUCAUUAAGAAAUUUCAAGAACAAGAGGAAAAAAUUCAAAAUGAAGAGGAUCCAAAUGAAAAGGAGGAGGAAGAAGAAAAAGAUGUGGAUGUUAGAUUUAGUGUUGCCUUUAAAGAAUUAUUAGAUAAGUUGAAUUCAAAAUAUUAUAGAGAUAAGCCAUAUUUUAGAACCAAUAAAUUAUUAAAGACAAUGUCCAAUGCUCCAAAUAAAAAUAUGCUAUUAGGUUAUGAUCAAGAAGACGCUCAAGAAUUUUUUCAAAACAUAUUAUCUGAACUAGAAAAAAAUGUGAAAUCUUUAGAUCCAAAGAAAUUUGAUAACACUCCAAUUCCAGAAAAUGAACUCCCUGAUGAUGCCAUAAUAGGUCAGGCAAAUUUAGGUGAUGUUGGGACCGUGUUUUUACCCACAGAACAGAUUGAACCAAAUUCUGUUCUUAAUAAUGACGAAAAUGACACCAAAUUUUAUACACCUUUCAAACUCAUUACCCCCUUAGAUGGGAUCUCUGCCGAAAGAAUUGGUUGUUUGCAAUGUGGGGAGAAUGGUGGUAUCAGAUAUUCUGUCUUUUCUGGGUUGAGUUUAAAUUUACCCGGGGAAAAUAUUGGCAGUACUUUAAAAUUAACUGGAUUAUUAAAGGAAUGGAUUAAACCAGAAAUAAUUGAAGGUGUAGAAUGUUAUCGUUGUGGGUUGGAAGCUAUUAGAUCUCAUUUGCUAGAACAAUUGGAACAAUACAGAGAAUCUAAUUCGGGAAUUCCAGAAAAAUUACUCGUUGCUGUAUCAGACAGAAUUAAAGUUUUAGAAUCAAUCUUAGCUAAACCAGUCAUUGAAGAUGAAGAUUAUAAAAAAUUGCAUACAGAGAAUAUGGUUCGUAAAUGUUCUAAAUCGAAACAAAUCAUAAUUUCACGUCCUCCUCCAUUAUUGUCCAUUCACAUUAAUAGGUCUGUCUUUGAUCCACGUACCUAUCAAAUUAGGAAAAACAAUUCUCGUGUGCUAUUUAAAUCAAGAUUGAAUUUAGAACCAUGGUGUUGCAAUAGUUCUGAGAUUAAUUUAGAUGCUAGGUUACCAAUGUCCAAGAAGGAACAAUUUGCUCAAGAAUCCAGUGAGGAUGAAAAUAUUGGCGGUGAAUAUUAUGCCAAAUUACAUCAAAAAUUUGAACAAGAAUUUGAUGAUAGUGAUGAAGAAGAUGAACCAUCCAGUGACGAUGAAUAUGACAAUUACUCUAGGAAUCGUGAGUUUCCUUCCAUGGAGGAUUCAUCUUCUGAAGAUGAAAAUGAAGAAGACGAAUAUAUUGAAGAGACGGAUGCAUUAGGUAAUACUGUACGAAAGAGAGUUGUGAACGAACAGGCCGGUAUGGACGGUACCAUUGAGGAGAGAAUUGAAGGUUGCUUAAAUGAGCAAGAUGAAGAAACUCAGGAUGCUGAUAUCGAUUUGAGGGGAGAAAAGCUACCUUCGUCUCCAUUAUCUUCAUGCGAUGAAGAAGAAAACGUUGAAGAGGAAGAACCCUCUAUUCCCUUAGAACCAUUGAGCACUGUGCCGCCACCUGUGACAGCACCAGCUGGUCCAUUGACUUAUUCCUUACGUUCUGUUAUUGUACAUUAUGGUACCCAUAAUUAUGGUCACUAUAUUGCAUUUAGAAAAUUUAGAGGUUGCUGGUGGAGAAUCUCCGAUGAGACAGUCUAUAUCGUUGACGAAGCAGAAGUACUAUCUACGCCUGGUGUAUUUAUGUUGUUCUAUGAAUAUGAUUACGAUGAAGCAACCGGUAAGUUAAAAGAUGAUCUAGACAAUGAAAAGGAAGAUAUGGAUAUUGAAAUUGAAAUUGAAGAUGAACCUGCAAAUAAAACCAUUGAUGAAGAUAUAAUAGAUGAGGACAAAGAGAUCAGCAUCGAAAAUGGAGUAGCUAUUGCCGAAAACCUGUCCGAAGAUGAAGAGAAAGAAUUGAGUUCCUUGGACUAA